GCCCCUCCCUACAACUUCCCCCCUCCUCCUGCAUAAUACAUUCUGGGAAAGCUGUCUUUUUAUUGGUUGAAUAGAUUGUCAGUCACAAGGCAUAAAAAGUGCUGCCUCUGCUCUCUUUGCAUUUAUGAAUUAACAGAUGUGCCUGGUUUGAAGAAACCAAUUCAUUUCUUGAUGGGAAGAAAAAUCUUGUUUAUUUUUUCACUUAUUUUUUUAUGUAUGGGAUUUUCACUAACUUUGGACCAGAUACGUGCCAGGAAGAAUGUAAGCUUCAUCUCUCAAACAUCUUCAAAUAAAGAAGUGGUUAUAAACAAUGAUCAACAGGAUAAUGAAAAUAUGAAGCCAGUGCAGAAUGUCACAACAAUGCCAAUCACACAGGCUCUCAACUACAAUCUGAGCAGACAAAGACUUUUAGAAAAAGAACCUUGGAAUGCAUUCAGCCAUCAUAGCCCAGUUAAUGUCUCCAUGGAUGGAAUUCCCUGCAUUCUUUUUUGGACCAAGAGGAUAACAAUUAAAUUUAAGAAUCAGACCUGGCUGGACCUUACAGAUGAAGCUUUUGGCCAGGAGGCAACAGUGGAUGCUGGCAACUCAAAUUGUAGUGAAGAAAAUGCCACGCUGUCUCUGAAGUUUGGUGAUGCUGAAAAUCCCAGAGGUCUUGAUAUAAGAUUCACCCUUACCAAUUACAACAAGUUCUCCAUCCAGAGCUGGUUUAGUUUGCACCGAGUUGAGAUUAUUUUCAAUAAUUCAGUUCAAGCAUCUUUUAAUGCAACUGGCAUAUAUGCAACGUCAAGUUACUCCUACCACUGCCACCGCGUCAGCAGCCUGCAGCGGUAUGACAGCCUUUUGUUGCCCAGUGACACCGAUAUGUCAAGCCUGUGGGAGGUCACUUUUGUUGAUUUCCAGAUCCAAGCCUUUACUAUUAAGGGGGGACAGUUUGCCAAGGCCCGAGACUGCGCCUCCUCCUUCUCGCCAGCCAUCCUGAUCGGCCUGGCAAUGUCUCUGAUCCUGCUGCUGGUGUUGGCGUACGCCCUGCAUAUGCUCACCUACCUGCGAUAUCUGGACCGGCACUACGAUUUCAUUGCCUCUCCAGCCCACUUCCCCCAUUUGAAAGCUGGAGAUGCAGCAGAUGAGAAGGAGCUGCUGAGGAGCCAAGGAGUUGAAUGCUAUGAACUGAGAAGCCAACAGAUCUGCAAAAUUUAUGUUUAAUAGCCCAGGUCUCUCUCCCCCAAGGAGUCCACAAUAGGCUCCAAAAGCAGUUGUUCAUGUUCUAUGCUGUUUGACUUGUGAGGGAAGUUUUUCUGCCAAGAGGCUUGAUUUUUACUUUAAAGGAAAUACACGCAAGGAAUACAUUUUGGAGCAUCCAUUGGCCUUCCUAGAUAGACUUGGAGCAAUGAAAAAGGUGUUUCAGGAAUCCUGCAGAGAACUAAAUAAAUGUUCCAUGAAUUGAAGAUACUGAGGGAGGAUUCCAGGAAAAAGUGGAGGAGCUCCAGACCUGGGUGCUGUCCUGUGCCAACAAGUCAGUGAAAUGCAGCAGCAGUGAUACUGGAUUGAUUUGGAGCCUAAGCAUACACCUGUUCGCCUGGAAACCUGCUCAGCUGCCAAGUAAAUAAUCAUGGGGCAAAGACUGCUAGAGGAUGAGAGACCACCUGGAAGAGAGAGAAGCCAUCUGAGCAGAGGCCAUCCUAGACUAGCCAGCACCAAGCUGACCCAGAAGCUGACCACAAAUGUCUAAUGAGCCUAACUGAGACCUGAAGAACUGCCAGGCUGAAAUCAGCCUAAUUGCCCACCUGCAAAAUCUUGGGUAAAAAUUGGUUAUUUUCAGCCUCUAUGUCUUGGAGCGGUUUGUUAUGCAGCCAGAGCUUACUGAUUUGUCAUCAAGGUUAGAAGCAUUUCCAAAUUAUGAUUUACAUCAAUCUCUGAGUAAUCACACCUGCCACAUAAGAGGAAUGAAAGAGCAAAAGAUGAACCAUAUAUGGAAGACAAGAGAUAUAAAAGGAAGAAAAUAUAGUCAUGUUGCUCUUAGCCAGUUCUGAUUAUAAUCCAGUUUCAUCUCCCACUAAAUAAAUCACUUUACAAUUCAA